AGUCGCUCUCCAAGGGGUCUCUGCCUCGGUGCGUAAAGUUGGGAAGGAGAGUUCUCCGGACGCACGCACGGCGCAGCAGCGCGCAUUAUUAUCCGCACAGGCUCCACGUGCGUCACCUCUGCGGGACACUUGACAAGGAUUUCGGGUGUUUUGAUCCCUCAUCCCCGCGCGGGUCGCUGACAGAUGAGAACGGUGUCGCUCUGCGGAUGUUAAGGGGUUUUCACUCGAGCGGAUGAUCUGUCCCGGAGCGCACAGGGGGGACAUGGGUCAACUUUAUGGUGCGACUCUUUUACCGUUUGGCAUUUUCUGUGCUGUUCUGCUGUGGGAAUCUAGUGCCAGCUCCAUCAGGACGACGCUUGCUGUGGACACCUCCAAGACAGAGUGUCCAGAAAACAGAAUCCUGACGGUGGAGUAUCCCUGUGUCAGAUCUGGGGGGAAGAACAGCACUUGUUUCAGGAGGAAAUGCUGUGAAGGAUUCAGGUUUGUGAUGGGCCAGUGCAUACCUGAAAGUGUUGACGUCUGCGCCGCGUCGCCCUGCGAGCAGCAGUGCACCGAUAACUUUGGACGGGUGGUCUGCACGUGUUACCCCGGAUACCGCUUCGACAGGGACCGACACCGCAGCCACAAGUCCCCCUACUGCCUGGACAUCGAUGAGUGUGAGGCGUCGGGCGGCAGCCUUUGUGAUCACGAGUGUGUGAACACGGCGGGCAGCUUCACGUGUCGCUGCCACAGCGGUUACAUCCUGGCUCCGGACCAGCGCUCCUGCAUCUCCGUUCACAACCUGAGUUCUUCGGGGAAGUCGGACACCCUGAUGAGUGCUGGAACCUGCUCCUUCACCUGUCAGGACUUCACGAACAUGAAACACAGUCUGCUGCAGCUGAAACUACGGCUGGGAGACACACAGUCGUCCAACCAGGUCCCUGACCUGGAUAACAGCAGCGAUAAGCCGUCUCUGGGCCGGGCAGGAAAAAGUCCUGAUAACUCUUGUCUCUCGGGUUUGCCCGGCCCUCCGGGAGCUCCUGGGGUGGCAGGACAACCUGGGAAGAAGGGGGAGUCCGGGGAGGCGGGUCCUCCUGGUCCUCGGGGUCCACGGGGAGACAUGGGACCCAUGGGCCCAGAGCCGGACCUGAAACACAUAAAGAGAGGCCGCAGGGGGCCCGUGGGACCACCAGGGGCUCCAGGAAGAGACGGACUAAAGGGUGACAGAGGAGCUUCAGGUCCCAGAGGUCCACCUGGACCGCCCGGCUCCUUCGACUUCCUUCUCCUAAUGAUGGCUGACAUCCGCAACGACAUCAUCGAGCUGCAGGAGAAGGUGUUCGGGGAGCGGCGGGGCAUCUCCCUGGACAGCCCUCCUCACUCCAGCGGGGAGGCAGACUUUGUGGAGUGGGGCUCCGGACAAGGAGAUCUCAUGCUGAACACCUGAGCGCCCUGACGUCCCGCUUGAGCGCACAGCCGCUCCAACGCCACCAAGCACACGCCGAACCCUCGUUCUGUUGAUAACUGGAAAAGCGUCAACAUGUAUAUAACGUCUUGGACGAGCUGGAUUACGGGCAUUGAUUGAACUCUCAACGACGCCGCGGAGAAAUCCAAGAAUUUACAGAAUCAGACGCUGCUAAAGCUCGGCGAGCGCCGCGCCUCCGCCUCUCACGUGUCGUGGAAGUUGGGCGAGGGAUGUGCGUGCAGGAGAGAUGCCAGCAUGAGCCUUUUCGUCUGAGUCUCUGAGCUGCGCCUCUUAGCUGAGCCACUUCAAACGUUGAACUUUAUCGUCUGCAUCUCUUCCUGUUCCUGAGUCUGUCCGUGGAGGCUCUGCUGUGCCGCUGGCCCCGUGGCUGCAGGGCGCCGGCGUAAAGACCCACGGCCCGCACCGAUAGCCCGGCCUGAACCUGACGCACUGAAAACCACGGCUACUGCCCUCAACUACCCUCAGAGGCAGCUGCAGCCUAGAGCUGAGUACGGCAUUGUUGGAAUUGUACAAAUAAAUAAU